AUGCUGGGCCCCACUGGGCCGGACGUGCGGGCCCAGAUUUCCCUGGAAUCUCCGUUCUUCCCCGGGAACGGGCAAUUCCAGCCGCUCUCCGAGAGCCUGCGGAGCUACGUCAUGAGCCACUUCCGCUGGAACCAGCUCGGCCGCAAGAACGCCACCGAGCCCGGGAAACGGGAAAAGGAGGAGGAGGAGGAAGAGGAAAAAUUCGGGAACGACGAUCCGGAAUUCCCGGAAAAGCCGGGAAAGCGCUCGUAUUCCAUGGAGCACUUCCGCUGGGGGAAACCCGUGGGGCGCAAGAGGAGGCCGGUGAAGGUUUAUCCCAACCUUGGGGCCGAGGAGGAGUCGGAGGAGAAUUCCCGCUUGGAAUUGCGGCGGGAAGAACCCUCCGAGGAGGAGGAGGAGGAGGAGGAGGAGGAAGGGUUGGCGGAAUUCCCGUGGAAUUCCCGGCAGGAGAAGCGUUACGGGGGAUUCAUGAGCUCGGAGCGGAUGCGGACGCCGCUGGUGACGCUCUUCAGGAACGCCAUCGCGAAGAGUUUCUCCAAGGACGGGCAGUGA